CGUGCGGUGCGGCAGAGAGCAGCAGCUGCAAAUGUUUUGCUUAAUCUUAACUCACCGGUUAGAGUAGUAGUGUUUUUUUUUUAAGUCAUAACAUUGUGUGUGUGUUUGUGAGAAUAGACGACAGGCCGUUGUCCAUUUAUAAAACUCUCCUUAUAAAGAAUUCAACUCAAAAGACCUAAAAGGUGAGCGCUGGGUAGCCUAAAGAGUCCAAACAACAUAGAAAGAAAACAGGUGGCAUUCAGACCAGAUGUCCUCCUCACCCUCCUCCAUGUCUUCUGUCCUCCUAAAUACGGGGGCUCAAAUGCCCCUUUUGGGUUUGGGGACCUACAAGUUGUGGGGUCCUGAGGAGGUCUACCGGGCUGUGGAUGCUGCCUUAGCUGCUGGUUACCGUGCCUUUGACAGUGCAGCAGUUUACAAGAAUGAAGGUGACUUGGGUCGAGCACUGAGGGAGCUCCUGCCCAAAUACGGCCUGUCUAGAGGGGAUGUGUUCAUAACCAGUAAGCUGGGCCCGAAGGAUCAGGGUGAGAAAGCCAUGGAAGGAGCCCUCCACAGCCUGUCGCAGCUGGACUUAGAUUACAUUGACCUCUACCUGAUCCACUGGCCUGGCACACAGGGUCUGGUCGUGGCUGAUCAACGCAACCCAGGCAACCGAGCUCAGAGUUGGGCCGCACUGGAGGAGCUGCAUGCCCAGGGGAAGCUGAAGGCCAUUGGAGUGUCCAACUACACACCAGCACACAUGAGAGAACUGAUACAGAGCUGCAAAAUCCCUCCUGCAGUGCUACAGGUAGAGUUUCACCCACAGCUGUGCCAGACAGAGCUGAGGAGAGUGUGUGAGGAGUAUGGAGUUUGUUUCCAAGCCUACUCCUCUUUAGGGAAAGGAGAGCUGAUUGGUCAUCCUAAGGUUAUCGAGGUGGCAAAGAACUGUGGACGCACACCUGCACAGGUCCUGUUGCACUGGGCGGUGCAGCAGAGUGUCCCAGUGCUCCCCAAGUCCUCAAAUCCAGACAGAAUACAGGAGAACGCCAGGCUUUUUGACUUCACACUGAGUGACGCAGACAUGGACGGACUGUCAGCUUUAGACUGUGGGCAUAAGUACUGCUGGGAUCCUUCAGAAGUAGCUUGAUAGACAACAAGGUGUCUUUCAUGUGUCUUUUUAUGGCUGCUGUAAUGCAGAUUUGGGAAACCACUGCAGAGGAAGUGGGGAAUAGGAGUUUUGACACAUGCAGCUCAGCUCAAGUUUUUCUGGGUCCAGCAGAACUUGCAUAACAAAUAUAUUUAUGUAAGAUGGGGGUUGAUAUACAGAGGAUUCAGGCAGAAUGUCCUGAGUUACCUUGUUUAUUGUGCCCCAUAUGCCAGGUUUGUUGUCUAAUGACCAAAUACUAUUUUUCUGUUUAUAAAUCAAUGUCAUUGCGCCAUCAUUUUAAAACUAGUUUCGUGUUCUUCAUUAUCUGUUGCCUCAUACUGUUUCAUAAUGCUCUCACAAAGUGUUUUAUUGGCUUUUAUAUCAUGGGUUUUCCAUUUGAAUUGUUUAUGAAGUACAACAGUUUCGCAGUGAACAAACUUUUCCCAACUUCCUCUGCACUGUAGACUGUUAAAGAAUUACUCACGAGAUUCACUUUAAAACCACUCUUAAAAUUAUUUAUUCAGGACAGCAUAUACCAGAAGUUUGACAGCUGUAGAGAAAAUACAUUUACAAAAGUCAUUAAAAAAAUGAAAAAGAACUGAGCAAAAAAAAAAAAAAAGAAAUAUUAAAAUUCAAUUUUCUCCACACGUAUCUGCAGAUUCAAGUAAUACUAAGGAUGGAUGCAAAACUCCAGGUGCCCAGGCAGGAUUCUCCUCUGAGGUGUGUUCACUCUCACAGAUGUUUAAAAGUCACAACAGUGACUGGUCACAUAACUUCUGCUGAAAUGGCAUUUCAUGCCAAAAUCUGUCUGAGCAGUUUUAUAGUUUUUCUUGCAGCUGUGACAGCAAACGCACGUCCACGUUAUUGUGCUUUUUCUUGAGCGUACUCUGUGACAGCGAGCUGUAAAGUUUAAGGCGGUAAACUGGGUGAACAGACAAGGCUGGUUAUGUGGAUUCAUAUCACAGGUUACAGCAUGUUCAAGGCAGUUCAUAAUAAUAUUAAACUCUUUUAAAUUCCAGCUGAACUUUAUUUUCAAGAGAGAGAGUGUAAAGCAUUCAUAU